CGGUGCGCAACAACAAGAGCCAGCACCGGAAUUCCUACACGUCACCCGCCCGCCAUGACAGAGCCCGAGCCGCCCAGCAUCGCCGCCUCCAAGGCCACCGCCCAGGAAAUCAAUCCGUGGGACGUCCAGGCCGCCACCGACGCCGACGGCAACGUCCAGGAGUUUGACUAUGCCGCCAUCUCCGCCCAGUGGGCCACCAAGCUCGUCGACGACGCCCUGCUCGCCCGCUUCGAGCGCGUCACCGGCCACAAGCCGCACCGCUGGCUGCGCCGCCGCCUGUUCUUCUCUCACCGCGACCUGGAGCUCAUCCUCGACCGCUACGAAAGGGGCGAGGACUUUUUGCUGUACACUGGCCGCGGCCCCAGCAGCGACGCCAUGCACAUCGGCCACACCAUCCCCUUUGAGUUCACAAAGUGGCUGCAGCAUGUCUUCGACGUACCCCUCGUCAUCAUGCUCACCGACGACGAAAAGUUUCUCUUCAAGGAGAAGCUGAAGCAGCCCGAGGUGUACGAGUUUGCGCGACAGAACGCCAAGGACAUCAUCUCCAUCGGCUUCGACCCCAAGAAGACGUUCAUCUACAUCGACUCGGAAUUCUUCACCUCUGGCUUCAACAGGCACUUCAACCUCAACACCACCGAGUUCGAGAAGCUCAUCACCAACAACCAGGUGCGCGGCGCCUUUGGCUUCCACGGCUCCACCAACAUUGGCAGCAAUGCGUUUGCCGCCAAGCAGUGCGUUGCUGCCUUCGCCUCCUCCUACCCGUUCAUCUGGGGCCACGACCACAAGACCUACCACCGCUCGAAGCAGCUCGCUGCGAUUCCCUGCCUGAUUCCGUGCGCCAUUGACCAGGACCCCUACUUCCGUCUCGUCCGUGAGAACUGCAACCGAAUGGACCUGCCCUCGCCAAAGCCUGCACUGAUCCACUCCAAGUUCCUCACGGCCCUGCAGGGCGCAGGCGGCAAGAUGAGCGCAUCGAACCCCAACUCGGCCAUCUUCAUGAGCGACACCCCCAAGGAGAUCAAGAAGAAGAUCAACUCGCACGCCUUCAGUGGAGGCCAGGAGACGCUGGAGCUGCACCGCGAGAAGGGCGGCAACCCCGACAUCGAUGUACCGUACCAGUACCUUUCAUACUUUGAAGACGACGACGAGAAGCUGCUGAAGCUCGCCGCCGACUACCGCAAGGGCGACCUCCUGACAGGGGAGAUGAAGAAGGAGUGCGUCGACAUGAUGACGCAGUACGUCAAGAAGUUCCAGGAGGCGCGAGCAAAGGUCACAGACGAGGUUCUCGAAGAGUUCCUGCGCCCGCGACAGCUCGAGUGGAAGGGCAACCCCAGGGUCGAGAAGCCCAACGUCGACGAGAACAAGGGCGACGACAACAAGGCCAAGGAGAACAAGGGCGACGACAACAAGGUCAAGGAGAACAAGGGCGACGAGAACAAGAAUGGUGGAGAUGCACCUGCUGGCGCGGACGGGCAGCCGUUGACGAAGAAUCAGCAGAAGAAGCUCGCAAAACUCGCAGAGCAGGAGAAGAAAAAGGCUGAAAAGGCUGCAGCUGCGGCCGCGAAAAGUUAGAGAGAACAGCGUGCCAGAAAUAGAGAACAUCACAUCGAGUGCGCUACGGUGGACAUGCACUGGCUGACUGGCCUGCCCAGAGCUCAUCGUGACCAUGGCCGGUACGCUACACCCGCACCGCCACUCUUUAGUGACCUUGUGACGUGGG